GAGAGGAAGGGGGAAGGAAGAGCGGAGCGAAGAUAGCCGCUUGCGAGAGAUCUUUGGAAUAAUCGCAUCGACGCGAGGCCAAGUUCCGGUGAACGACGUGACAGGCCUGCGUCACCCUGGUGUCCUCCCUUGCGUUCCUUUCCGUUCUCUAACCAGCCGAGGAAAGAAGAUCGAGAUGGUACGGAAAUCGAUCCUUGUGUACGAUCUGCUCAGGACCGAGCAACCGGAAGAGGGUUUCACCGAGAAGGAGAUCGUGGAGCAGAUCAGUAACAAACACGACAUCAUGCCCGGGAAAGCACUUCGAAAGCAAGUGGCUGUGGCGCUUCGCCGUGGCGUCGAUUUCGGCAUCAUAGCCAAGAAGAAUAACAAAUUUAGAUUCGACCCCGACACAGCGAAAGGUAAUAUCUCCAGGCGAACUUCCUUGAGGAGGAAUACGAAUCGAGGGAGGAACAAGAAGAGGAGCGCGAAGAAGGCGACGAAGGCGAAGAACGAGCGAAAACGAGCGGGCGAGAGAAAGAACGCGAAAAGUCGUAAUCAGAAACGGACGCUACCGCAACCGAAAUUGCCAAAAUCGUGGACACCGAACAGGAGAAACUUGGCUGACGAGCCGGUGUCGAAAGUGAAAAAAAUUUAAAAAGUCGAUCUUUCGUUUUUCCAAACGGUCCCUCGGUUUUAAUUGUACGUUUCAUAUACAAAUAUUUCUUAAGUAUAUAUUUAUAGAAACAUUUCCUUUUUUUAUUUUUAUUAAUCGUUUCGUCCCUGAUCCUUCCCUUUCGUCUCGUUUUCCCCUUCUUUUACCCUUUUCAACCGAUUUUAUGAUCACCUGUUAUGAAAUUACAGUAAUUUGUGUUCCCCUAAAUGUGGUUUCCCAUUACUCCGAAAAAAAACCCGCUCUUACUACGUCUCGAGUUAUCCGUAAUCGCGGAUCGCUUGAUCGUUACUUCUUUCGAAAGAAGAAAAAAGGAAAAAAGAUUCUCCGCCCACAAAAAAGAUUCCAUGGAAAAGAUCCGAAAAGUUGGAAAAAUCGAAAGGAUCGAAGGUCGAUCGAAAUCCGUUCCCAUGAAAUCCACCUUCCGUCGUCGAGAUAUAUACAUAAACACAGAUCCUGUUAGGCGAAACUGCAACGACUCGGUUCGUGAACUCGUAAUCUUUCCAGCGAAACGAUCGAGAAUGGUUUUGGGAGCGUUUUGGGAAGGUUUCAGGGGAUCUCGCUGACCGUCCGUCGAUUAGACACGGCCACUACGCUCCUUUCGAUCCUUCGAAAAGCCUGCCGCAUCCGAGAUUCUCCUCCCUUUUCUGGGAGGGAAGAUAGCGCGCGAAAGCAAGCCGGAUAUACGAGGAAAAUGCGCGGAACGAAUCGUUUGAAGGCACGGUAGGAAGCACCUGUUAUCGAAGCAACGAUUAGACAGAAUUUUUCCACCGAAUCCUCGAGAGAAGCUUUCUUCCCGUAGCUUCGAAAUUCACUCGCGUCUCGAAUCAGUAUUCGAAGCCUACCCAACGGUUCGACGGUUGAAACGGUUGGGGCAGAUUGCGCGGGGGUGCACGAUGAUAAGUGGACGUGGUCUUUUGUUCGAGAGAUCGUACAAUAUAUAUCGGACUAAUAGAUCGAUUCCUGUUAAGGGCUUGCGUAAAAGCGGAUGACCACCAUAUGGCCGGUUACGGGUGUAAUCCGUGUGCGAUUCGUGACUUUGCGUGACUCGCGCGAUAAUCGCAGGUUUCGCGGCUAAUCAGCGAUAUUGGCGCGCGAACAAAGGGCGGAAUUUUUCGUGGAAAACGAUGCCUAAUUGGAGUAGUUUCCUCCCAAAAAGUGAUUGGUAAGUAUUGCAUUGUCGCGAAAACAAAGAAAAAGAGGUAAAGAAGUAUACGUAUAUCGUACAAUUUUAACCUGGAAGAGAGACGCAUUUGAAUAACGUCUGGAUCCGUUUGGAAUGGAGAAAAAGAAAAAAGAAGAAAAGUAUUCAAAUUGGCGCACAAAAAGGAGAAAACCCUCGCCUCUUUUUAUUCAAACUGAAGCCGAGAAAUUUUAUUGUCCCACAAUC